CGCGCCCCGCCCCGCCCCGCGCCCCGCCGCGGCCCUCCCGCGGCCGCCGGCUGCCCCCCGCCAGCGCCGCGCGGCGAGGGCAGGGCGCCCCGGGCGGGCGGACUACAAGCCCCGGCGUGCAGCGGGCCGGGCGGCGCCGGCGCUGCGCCGCCGCCGCGGGGAGCGCCGGGCGCCGCCGGGCCGGAGCGGAGCGGCGCGGCCCCCGGCCGCCCGGAAAUGUGAGUCCUGUGAUGAGGUCCCAGCUCCUCAGCCGUGUGACCAGGGUGCAAUCCACCGUCCGAAGGCAGCAGCGUCUUCACCCUGAAUCCAGAGGACGAGAGGAGCAGUGAAGGGGUCUUCUGCACUGCUGCGGUCCCAGCCCGGCUGUUUGCUGCCCUGCUAUCGAUGGAGCCAGCGCUGCUGGAGACGCUCCUCGUGGCAGUCGGCUGAGCCCGGCGUGGGAGCGCUGGUGGGACGCAGAGGGCAGUGCGUGUUGUGGUAGGACGGAAGGCUCCUGCCACCAGACGGAAGAUGGCUCAGGGCACCGGGAGCAUCAACAGCGACUACAAGGACUGGGAGUGGAGCGCCGAUGCUGGGGAACGGGCCAGGCUCCUACAGAGCCCCAGUGUGGAGACGGUACCCAAGAGUGGAGAGAGCCAAGGAGACAGUCUGGGGGCCACCUCCGCUCUGGGAGCUGUCUUCAUCGUGGUGAACGCUGCCCUUGGGGCUGGGUUGCUCAACUUCCCUGCUGCCUUCAACAUGGCCGGUGGCGUGGCUGCAGGCAUCACACUGCAGAUGUGCAUGCUGGUCUUCAUCAUCGGAGGCCUGGUCAUCCUGGCGUACUGCUCGCAGGCCAGCAAUGAGCGGACGUACCAGGAGGUGGUGUGGGCCGUGUGUGGGAAGAUACCUGGCGUGCUGUGUGAGGUGGCUAUUGCUGUCUACACCUUUGGCACCUGCAUCGCUUUCCUCAUCAUCAUCGGAGACCAGGAGGACAAGAUCAUUGCUGCGCUGGUGACAGAGCCCGAGGGAGCAGGGAGCAGCCACUGGUACACGGACCGCAAGUUCACCAUCAGCAUCACUGCCUUCCUCCUCAUCCUGCCCCUCUCCAUCCCCAAGGAGAUCGGCUUCCAGAAAUAUGCCAGCUCCCUGAGUGUGAUUGGCACAUGGUAUGUCACUGCAGUCAUCAUCAUCAAGUACAUCUGGCCUGACAAGGAGCUUGCACCUGUGGAGAUCCCCACCAGCCCCUCCACGUGGAUGGCUGUGUUCAACGCUAUGCCCACCAUCUGCUUCGGAUUCCAGUGCCACGUGAGCAGCGUGCCCGUCUUUAACAGCAUGAAGCAGCCAGAGGUGAAGACCUGGGGGGCAGUGGUGACAGCAGCCAUGGUGAUCGCUCUUUUUGUCUAUACAGGCACUGGUGUCUGUGGGUUCCUGACUUUUGGGGCCAGUGUGGACCAGGACGUGCUGCUCUCCUACCCCUCCAACGACAUCCCUGUUGCUCUUGCUCGGGCCUUCAUCAUCCUGUGCGUGCUGACAUCCUACCCCAUCCUGCACUUCUGUGGCCGGGCUGUCCUGGAGGGCCUCUGGCUCCGCUACACUGGGGUGACGGUAGAGGAGGACGUGGUGCGGGAGCGGCGAAGGCGCCUGCUCCAGACUGUCAGUUGGUUCCUCCUAACUCUCCUCCUGGCUCUGUUCAUCCCCGACAUCGGCAAAGUCAUCUCUGUUAUCGGGGGCUUGGCUGCCUGCUUCAUCUUCGUCUUCCCAGGGCUUUGCCUGAUCCAGGCCAAACUCUCUGAGAUCCAAGAAUCCAGACCAGUCAGCUGGUGGGCCCAGGUCAGCUAUGGGGUGUUCAUGGUCACCCUCGGAGCCUUCAUCUUCGGACAGACCACUGCCAACGCCAUCUUUGUGGACCUCACAGCUUGACUCCUUCUCCGGGCUGGUCCAUGCUGCUGAUGAGGGGAAGUAGAUUUCCCAUAGGACCAGAGGGGUGGGGGGAGAAAAUAACUUAGUAUAUUGGGAACAUACAAGAGGAACGUUGUAAUUUGGGGCUUUGCUGAAAGAGCCCUGCAGGGACUUGUAUCUCACUGUCCUGACACGCCAGGCAGUCAGGCUUGGCUUUUCAGCCCUGACUCUCUGGUAAAACCAGAGCAUCACUACAAAGAGACCUCGGACCCAGCGGAGGGGAGCGCACCGUGACACCGCACGGUUCAGAACCCCGCUCACUCCGUGCUGACAUCCAGGUCAAAUCCUUUCUACUGCUCCAGGGGUAGACAUCAGUAAGGGAUCGCAUUUGGGAUUUGCACAGGCAAGUGCACUGCUCUUGCCUGCCUACCUCUGGGUCAGGAGAUCUCUCCAGCACUUUCACAGUUUAAACUCUCUGUUCUGACAGCAAUGUUAGAGGGAGACAGUGUGUCUUGUAUAAAGGGAACUGCUAUCCAUGCUUUAACUUGCAAUCAGUGAGGACGUGCUGUGGUCAGGAGCGUGUAAAACAAAUGGUGCGUCUGCAGAAAGGGAGAGCUCUGUUUUGGCAGAAAGCAAAGGCACUAGGCAGUGCAGGCAGAUGGGCCCUGGCUGGUUUGAAUAAGCUGUAAAGCGAGUGAGUUUUACUGUGCCUGAGUGCAGCAAUUCCUCCACCAUGUUAACCCCAGUAGCUUAGACAAGGUGACAUCCCUGUAGUCCUCUCCUGUAUCAGUGUUUUGUUUGGUUUGAAUUUGGUGUCCCUGUGACUCAUCUCGCCAGCCUUCUGUUCCAGCUCAAAGUGCUGCAAAGUUACUGUUACAUCUGCCUCUGAGCUACGCUUUCUGUCAGAAAGUGGGAAUUUUGCACCGAGCCUGACGGUGACAUGUGUCGUUUGUGGAAGGAGGGUUGGGAAGACCCCACGGAUAGCGACACACCAGUGCAAUGUUUACACUGCCAGCCCCUGCCUCUGGCGCCGAGGGGUUGCUCACUCACUAGAAAAGGUGCUGUGACCGCAUUGACUGACUGGAGACACUACGCUAGAGCAAAGCUCUUCUCUGAUUUUCAAAUCCUGUUCUUCCAGGGUGGUUGUUGGAGGAAUGGGACUGGGCCAGGUGUAGGUUUAAAGGGACGCUUUGGGGGUAAAGCAAUCUAUGUUAAUGCAUUUUUGUAUUGUUCCCUUGGCUGUUUACACUCUCUGUUGCUGGUGUUGCUCUGGGCUGUUCCUCCUUAGCCCUUCUGGAUAGUUUCACUUCUGUUUCUGAGUGCUUUCUCUGGGCUUGGCAGUUCCUCCAGCUGCAGAUUCAGCUGGGGGUAGUUAAACCUCCGCAGAAAACUGCUCUUGUUCAGUCUUUAAGCUUCCUCGUUCUUUGUUUGGCUUCUAAAACCCUGGGGAAGGGAGGAAUUUAUGUGUAUGUAUUGCUGCGUCUUUGAUAAGGGUCCAGCCCACCCCAGCUCCAGAAGGGAGCUUUGUGCACAUCUGGCUUGGCUCCUUGCGCGUCUUCUCAAAGCAGUGCACUCGGCAGAUGUGGCACCUGGCCCAGCCUGUUGUGGUGGGAAGGUGAAUCGUGACAUGUUUAUGUAUUUCUUACUGUGUUUCUUUUCCUCUGUGACCAGCCGGCGGUGGGUGGGAGGACGGCGAGGGGGCACUUUUUAGUGGAAACAUUUGGCCUCUCUGUACCAACACGUGCUGUGUAUGAAUGUGGUCUCUGACAAGAGGUGGCUUCAGCCUGACUCCCGCGCUCACCGUGUGCUGUCCCCAGCAGCUCCCGGGCAGUGCAGCCGGGCUCGCCCAGCUCUGGCUGGCCUGCUGAGCGGUGGGGAAGGGCUCUUUACCCGAAUGCGCACGUUUCUCCCCAGAUCCUCCUCUCUGAUUUGAGCACCCCUGCCCUCCUCCCAGCUCUUAAGAGAUGAGAUGGGGAGCUCCAGAUGGGGAAUGAGAAGGAAACCCCAAACACAGCAUGAUUGUUUUGAGGGACUAUGCCAACGUCACAUGUCGCUCCUGCCUCCUCCAAGGUAGCUCCAACCUUUGUGCCCUCAGCUUGCGACAGAAACAGACUCCAGCAAUCCCCCGCUUCCUAUGCGCCCUCUGCGUGCCCGGGAACGGGGAAGGGUUAUCAGCAUGCCAGGGUCUCUUGAGAUCAUGCUGUGCUUGAGGGGGUACAGAGGAUGUGAUGUAUGUGAGCAAACAAGACUUGCUUUUCCUGGACAAGAACAGGAGAUGGAAGGAGCUGCUGGCCUCGGGUUAAUGGAUGGCUUGUUUAAAUACAGUCCAUCUGUGCUCCACACAGGACUGUGAAUGCCCCAGGCACCAGCUGCCUCCCAAGCCCCUUCCCCUGGCUCCUGUGUAAGAGCCAGGCACUGGGGCUUGAAGGACCCCCCUUGCGCCUUGGUGCCAAGAAAAGGGUGCCCACCACACGGAGACCUACAUGUGCUGACCAGUCCUCAUGGACACAGGGAGCACAGAGCCACCUCAUCUCUGUGGGGAUGGGGGAGCUCGGGGUUUGGCGGAUGCUAGUGUAGAGGUCCACCAAAGUGUUGCAGUGCCUGGUUCCCAUCAAGACAGAUGGGAGUUUGGUACCCAGUGGCUUUUGUGGCUCUGGCCUUCACUAAGGCCUGCCUGGCGAAGGGAAGUCCCACUGUCAUUUUUCUUUUUGCCGAAGGACCCCAGCAGCCUCCUGCACCAGGGAUCCUCCCAUCUUGGAAAAGCGAUGUCUCCACUGGGUUUGCAGUUGCAACAGCAUGGGCUCCUAAUGGGAAGGAGAGCCACAGCGCAGGGCUGGGGCGCUUUCCAGGGAAUUUGGCUGGUACAAACUACGCUUGGCCCAAGGUCACCUCAGCUUGGGCCCAGGCCAGACUCUAGGACUUGUGUUUUGUGUCUCCACUGGAGUGCAGGUAACCAGAGAUGCUGCUUAAUUUUCUCCCCCACCUUUUUCUUCACCCCCGGGCCUGCUCAGUUUGAAGUGGAGGUAGCAGAGCUGUGUCCAUCACAGGUGCCCCGUGUCUUUGAUUGUCCUACACACACGGGGAGUCACUGUGCUUUCUCAUUCCCCCUGAGGGCACGUGUGUUUGAGAGCAGGGGUGCCUGCUGCCCUGGCAGUGGGGUAAUAAGGUGAUGUGGCUGUUUCUCUGUUUGCCUUACCGCUCCUGUGACUGUUUACAAAGCAACGGACUUUUUAUGUAUUUUCUACGUGCAAAGAUGGAAGACCUUGACUUAAUAAAAGUGAAGUUGUGGUGCGUA